UGAAAUUAUAUUAUAAUGUAAAAAUAUUAAGAGUAAUAUGCUAAAUAAUCUGAAGAAAUCCUAGGAUUAUUUCUGGAUAUGGCAGAGGAAGGAGAACAACCGAAAAUUAUGAAUAAAUUGAAAAAAACUUUAAAAAAAGCAUAAAAGAAUGUAAAAUAUUGUAUUUGAUAAUAAGUUGGAUAGAAUGGAAUAAGAAAGCAUAUCUGGAGAGUAAAGGUUAUAAGUUUGGUAAUAGCAAAAUGAUGUUCAUAGAACUAUGAUGGAGAUUUAAGGAUAAAGUUCAGAUUCUGAUGAUGAUGAAGAAGAGUUUGUAUACAAUGGAUCUAAAUUCAAUCUAAUCAAUAUGAUUGUAUUACUUAUAACUAUUGUUCUUAUCAGUUAAUAUCCAUGA